AUGAAAGGUGAAUGUAUAGCAGACCAAGAGAAGAAGAAGGAAGAGGAAGAGGCAAAGACAGAGGUGGAAGAAGAACUGGAUCUUUUGGAGAUUGUCCGCAUUCGAAGCAGUACAUGUACACGUUCCUCGACCAAUGAUGCUACUACAUGUAUUACGAACUUGGUGGAACUGAAUUCUAGUAUGGAAGAAAAGAUAGAGGUGUCCAAUGAUGAAGACAGUAAAGAGAAUAAGACUAAGACAUCAGAUUCUGUACCGUUAGAAGCACCCGAUCUGGAAGCGCAAGACACGGCAGAACACGUGGAUGCCCAAGUCACGCGGUCGGUACAACGAGAGAGCAUUGUCAGUCUCCCUGGCGCUUAUGUCGAAGCACCUGGUGCGGAGCCACAGAGACUCAAUGACACCUCCUUAGCAGCAGCAGCAGCAUCUCCUCUCUUGAUUCGACAAUCCACAGACGGAUUUUCUUCCUCCGAACUCAGUCGCAAUGACAACGAUUCACAUGAUGGUAGCAGUACACUCGAGAAUAUUCCUAUUCCUCCACCCAGAUUACGACGAGAGGAAAACAUCCAGAGUCGACAAGAAAUUGGUGCCGUACACGUGGGCAACCAUCAUAAUGCCACGGAGGAGGAAUCGCCAGCACCACCACCCGUCGAGGAGCCCAGCAGUUCUAUCUCCUUGCCCAAAGCCAACUUGGUCGAACCUUCCGACUUAUUGCCACUGGCCAAAAGCUAUCAUGAGACGACUACUUACACUUCGUCGGAAGCCAGGGAGAGAAAACGGCAGAAACUCAUCAAGACAACGGCUGGUGUGGGGAUUCUGGUAUUGGUGAUGCUUGGAAUUCUUCUUCUCGCUCUACUAAAUCACGCCGAAGAAACCACAGAUCCACCCAUGAUACUAACGAGCCAUCCCUCCCAAGCACCCACAUCCCUACAAGAUUCCAUUUUGCAGCUAGUAGUACCCGCACAGUCCCAGCAGCAAGUUAUGACGGAGAAUCCAGCAUCUCCGCAAUCGCAAGCAUUGGCGUGGCUCAUGGAGGAGGACGUGGACCAUCUAUUAAUAUUAUCCGAGGAAAGAAUUCGUCAAAAAUUCGCUCUGGCAACCAUCUACUUUGCCACGGGUGGAACUACCGCUUGGGUCAAUACGACGCACUGGCUGAACCAUAGCAUUCAUGAAUGUGACUGGUUUCACAACCCCGAAUUUGCCAGAAAAUCAACACUGGCACAAAUUUAUACGGGAUUCAUGAAAGGCUUGCUGGAACCACUGCCCACAUCACCAUGUGACAGCCAUGGCAUCUACCAACAUUUGUGGCUCGACAUCAAUAAUUUGGUGGGAUCAUUGCCCGAUGAACUGUACCAGUUGACAAACUUGCAGACAUUAUCGCUGGGAUGGAAUCCAGAGGGAACCGUCCCGGAAGAGUUGUGGAAUCUUUCCCAGUUGGAUACUCUCAUGAUACAUCGCAAUCAAAAAAUUGGGGGAACGAUUGGUAGUGGGAUUGGAUCCUUGGCCAAGUUGAGAUGGUUUGUCAUGGAUGAAUGCAGUCUAACGGGAGCACUUCCGGCCGAGCUGGGUCAAGCAGUGUCCUUGGAACAUUUCUUUGUUGGAAGGAAUCAAUUGUCCUGGAGCAUUCCUAGUGAACUGUUUCUCCUUUCCAAGCUUGUGGUGGCAUCUUUGUAUGGCAACUCUUUCCAAGGGACCCUCCCUACUGAAAUUGGCCUCCUCACAUCCACCACUUAUCUAAAACUCAGUGAGAACCAACUGAGUGGACCUUUGCCGAGUGAACUUGGACUUCUUUCCACCAAGAUGGUGUCUCUGGAUAUGAAACACAACCAUCUACUCUCUGGAACGAUUCCAACAGAGCUAGGGCUCUUGACCAACCUGGUAGAGCUGGAUCUUUUGAACAAUCAACUCUCUGGUCAGAUUCCAGAGGAACUGUCUGAGCUAACAUCAUUGGGACUAUUGACAUUGGCCAACAACUCGCUUUCUGGAAGCUUUCCACAACUGCUUUCGGCUUUGCAGCAUUCCCUCUACACUUUGAAUCUACAAGGCAAUCCACUCCUGUCCGGCACAAUUCCCAUGGAUCUGUGCAGUAUCAAUGGCACUUGGAUCAGCAGCUCUUGGGAAUCCAGUGGUGGACCAGAAGGCUUGUCAUUCGACUGUACUGGCCUGCUGUGUGGGUGUAUUUGCGACUGCAAUAGUUGA